AUGUCCACAGCCACAGACUUAUCCCGGCUUCAUUACGCAGAUAUAUGGCCUCCUCUCUUCACCACAGAAUCAUACAGCUCAUACAACCAAUUCCAAGGCAUCUACAGGGGAAAACAAUACCAUGAGCCCGAUUUCGCCGAGGUCCUCCAGCGCGCCCAAGAAUACGGCUGCCAGAAGAUCAUCCUCACCACGACGACAUUAGCCAGGGCGCACGAGAACCUCAAAAUAGUCCAGCAGUAUCCCGACAUCUGCACCAUGACGCUCGGAGUGCAUCCGUACCACGCAGCUGAAAUCUACCAGACAGACGGCAAGACAUACCUCGAUGCCCUGCGCGCCCUCUGCAACGAGCUGCUGGCUCACUCCCCCUCGCCGCUAGUCGCCUUCGGCGAGAUCAGGCUAGACUAUGCGUAUCUCCAGCGCUCGGACAAGGAGACGCAGCAGCGCGCGUUCAGGGACCAGCUUGAUAUUGCCGUUGGGAUGCAGCUCCCUCUCUUCCUGCAUGUGCGGGACUCGUGCGCCGACGUUGUCGAGAUCAUCACGUCGUACCUGUCGCGACUGCCGCGCGGUGGGCUCGUGCAUUCAUUCGCCGGGACGAAAGACGAGAUGCUGCAGCUUGUGGCGCUGGGCCUCGGGAUCAGCGGUAAUGGAGUCUCGUUUCGGACGGAGGAGCAGUUGGAGAUGGUGAAGCGUAUUCCGCUGGAUAGAUUACAGCUUGAGACUGGUGCACCGUGGUGCGAGAUUGUGGAGGAUGAGCGGAUUGCGCCGUUUCUGGCUCGCGCGAGGCCGUUGCCGCCGACGCGGAAGCAUGGGAAGUUUAUCAGGGGGCAGAUGGUCAAGGGUAGGAAUGAGAGCUGUCGAUGGAGAGGGUGGCGUUGGUUGUGGCGGGUUUGA